UUGGGGUGGUGGUGUGGGGGACAGUUUGAGCCGCUUCCCGCCGCAGAUUCCUCAAGUCAGACCUCAGACCGGGGUCUAAAACCCUGCAGGAGUGUUCGUGUGUGUGUGUGUGUGUGUGUGUGUGAGAAAUAUAUUGAACACACCGGUUACAUAACACUAUGCAGUGGAUACAUCAGCUAUACCACCAUGAUAUGUUUUUAUUUUAUUGCAGCAUCCUCCACUUUUAUUUCUUUUUAAUUAUUAUAUAAAUCAUAUAAUUAUGUCUAAGGCUGGACCUGCUGCUGCUGCUCUGUGGCACACACACACACACACACACACACACACACACACACACACACACACACACACACACACACACAGGCUACUGUAGUACCGACUGUGUUUUACAGUCUGUCUGCAUUGCGUCGAAUCCCCCCUCCUCUCCUCUUCUUUCUCACUCCCCUCACUCACUCUCUCUCUCCUAACCCCUCCCUCCCUCCUUCACUCACUUUCUUUUUUUCCUCUCUCUACACGAAAUCCUGCAAUAUGCUUCCAAAUCACCGGAGACACAUCCUCCUCUCUCCGCUGCGCCUAUAGCGCGGGAUCCUAAACCGGUUUUCAUUUAAAGCCUCCGCGUUUUUUUUUUUAAUCUAACACCGCAGAAGAAAAGCAGCAGAGCUGUUUCUGCUGAUGCUGCAGUGUCCAGUCCUCCCAGUUCCCUCCGUCACACUGGGAGCUUGAUCCCGCUGUAUUUUCUCCUUUUCCUCUCUGUCCUUCGCCUCCUUUAUUUUCCAGCAUGAUUUUAAUAAAUUGUCAGUCCGGAUUUUUGCUGCUGAGCCGCGGUUCACAGCCGUCUGAAGCCGCCGCCUCCUCCUCCUCCUCCUCCUCCUGCUGCGGGCUGCUCCGAUCGACGCUGAAAACCUACACCAAGAGGAUACGGAUGUUGACCAAGACAACAUAGUCUAUUAAUAUUUCAGAGAUACUGUAAAGCGAUAUCAGUAUUAAACCCAAGUUGUGGUGGGUGGCCGGGAAAAGUGCGCACGGUGAGGACAUUCCUUCUGCUGCUCUCCAACUCCGCACAGGUGACGGAUGAAGCAUCGCUGAGAUAAAGAAGAUGUUCAGCUCGGAGAUGAUGAUGGUGAUGAUGAAGAUGAUGAUGGAGAGGGAGGCUCUGCACAGCUCCCGGUCUCACUAGGACCCUCUGCACUCUGACCCGCACCCCCAACCCCUCCUCCUCUUCACACCGCCUCCUCUUCCUGUCCUCAACCCACCAGGAAGGAUGACCGUGGUGUCAACAGACAACAUGGACGAGACCUCCACCCUGCCGGGUCACCCGCAGGACCCCUACCCGCCCGAUGAUGACCACGAUGACCACGACUGCUGCGAGCGGGUGGUCAUCAACAUCUCGGGGCUGCGCUUCGAGACCCAGCUCAAGACCCUCGCCCAGUUCCCGGAGACUCUCCUUGGGAACCCCAAGAAGAGGAUGCGGUACUUCGACCCCCUACGAAACGAGUAUUUCUUUGACCGGAAUCGCCCAAGCUUUGACGCCAUCUUGUAUUAUUACCAAUCCGGAGGGAGGCUGAGAAGACCGGUCAACGUGCCGCUGGAUAUGUUCUCAGAGGAGAUAAAAUUUUAUGAACUUGGGGCAGAAGCAAUGGAGAAAUUUCGGGAGGACGAGGGGUUUAUCCGGGAGGAGGAGCGACCCCUGCCGGAGAAGGAGUUCCAACGGCAGAUCUGGCUCCUCUUCGAGCAUCCGGAGAGUUCUGGACCAGCCCGGGGGAUCGCCAUCGUCUCCGUGAUGGUUAUUCUUAUUUCAAUAGUCAUAUUUUGUUUGGAGACACUACCAGAGCUGAAGGAGGAUCCCAACGACCGGAUCCGGGUGGUGGGGAACAUCACCAUCUAUUACAAACCAAACGUCCUCACAGACCCUUUCUUCGUGGUGGAGACUCUCUGCAUCAUCUGGUUUUCCUUUGAGUUGAUAGUUCGGUUUUUCGCCUGCCCCAGCAAGGCGGCGUUCUUUAAAAACAUGAUGAACUCCAUCGAUAUUGUGGCUAUAAUCCCGUACUUCAUCACACUUGGCACAGAGCUGGCCGAUGACCAAGAGAACGGGGAGGGGAAGGCCGGUGGCGGGGAGCAGGCUACAUCUCUGGCUAUUCUCAGGGUAAUCCGUCUUGUGAGGGUUUUCAGGAUCUUUAAACUGUCCCGACACUCAAAGGGGCUCCAGAUUCUGGGGCAAACUCUAAAGGCGAGCAUGCGGGAGCUGGGCUUGCUCAUUUUCUUCCUCUUCAUUGGCGUGAUUUUGUUCUCUAGCGCCGUCUACUUCGCCGAGGCCGAGGAGAAGGAGUCGUUCUUCACCAGCAUCCCGGAUGCUUUCUGGUGGGCCGUGGUGUCUAUGACGACCGUCGGCUACGGGGACAUGUACCCCGUGACCAUCGGAGGGAAGAUCGUGGGCUCGCUGUGCGCCAUCGCCGGCGUGUUGACCAUCGCGCUGCCAGUGCCGGUCAUCGUGUCCAACUUCAACUACUUUUACCACCGGGAGACAGAGGGCGAGGAGCAGGCCCAGCUGCUCAAUGUCAGCAAUCAGAACUUGGCGUCGGACACCAACUCGAGCCGCCGGAGCUCCUCCGUGGUCAGCAAGUCGGAGUACAUGGAGAUAGACGAGGACAUGAACAACAGCAUCGACAACUUUAGGGAAGCGAACCUUAGGACUGCCAACUGCACGGCGCCCAGCCAGAACUGUGUGAACAAGGGGAAGCUGCUCACCGACGUGUGAGGCGGCGUCCAAACGCACCAGUGUAAAUAUUGUAGAAAUAUCUGGAUGCUUUAUCUCCAUUGGUGCAUUUUAUUCUCUUUUUUUGCAUUGAUUCAUUCAAACGUGUGUGAAGACGUAAAUAGUUUAAAAAGCACACAUGGUAAAUCUGUAGGAGUAGAAGCUGUUAAUCCAUUAAAAAAUAGAAGGUCGGUGUCGGGGAAACAUUUCUGAUAAAUUAAUCAAUUUAUUUAGGAACUUGUACCUUUGAAUUCCUUUAUUUAGCCCAUGAAAAUAAAGGGGAACUCCACCAAGGUCUCUGUGUGAACUAAGCCUGUGAAAACACUCUCGUCCAGUCUUGGUGAUGUCAGAAUGAUGUCAUUGAGGUUAUCUGAACUUGGGCUGAGACACAACAUGUGAAACUCAGACGAUGGAGUUUUUAAACACAUGGCUAGGCUGGAAAGAGACACUGCCAAGCUGCAUUAUGGGAAAUGCAGUGUUUUGGUUGCUUUCCCCGCAGCAGAGGACAAGAACGUCAGGGUGUUAUUGGUCAAUGUUGCAUCAGUUUUGACCAUUAAAAAAAAAAAAAAUCUGUCUGUAAUUAGUCUAAAGUUUUUGGAAGUGCCCCUUUAACAGUGUCACUACCUUCAUUCUGUACCACAGCUUGGCUUUGAUUGUAGACUGAGAUUCAUGGAUAUACUUUCUCUCACAUGUCGUUGGGGUUACAGCUUGUUUUGCUAUAAAAACCCAGAUGAGCACUUUCACAAAGUCUCAACUUUAUUUUCCUGCUGCGCAAAACAGAAAUAAGGGAAUGAAAUAAAUAACUUCAAAGGGAGUUCUAGUAAAGUUGAAGGUUUAUCUGUACAGAACCUCUCAACAACAGGGCAACUCGAGGUGCUUUACAUCUGACAAAAAAAGGCAUUAAAAACCAGAUAAAACAGAAACAAAGCAAUAUAAAAAAAGACACAAACAGGGUUUAAAAACAGAGGGAAAGAACUGUUGUUUUCAGAAACGCGAGGGUUUGAAUGACUAAGUAGGAAGAAAAAAAACAAACUGAAUGUAUCAAAACGUCUCCCUGACACCGACCAGGCUUUGUUCUACACAAUCAACUUUCAGGAUAAAAAAAGACAAAAGAAUAAAACAGCAAAGCCCAACUGAGAUUUGAAGAACAUGUUCAAGGACAACUCGCUCCCUGAGGAAACACAUUUAAGUGGAUUACAGUUGAUGUUCAGGCGUGUUUUUUUUUUUUUUUUCUGCAGCACAUCCAGGGAAAGUUUUUUGGGGAAAAAAAAACUUGACGCCAGACGUUAAAUCGACAUUUUUCAGGCACCUUAUCAGAAACAGACAAGAGGUGUGCCAGGCCUUGUGGAGGAUUACUGCACUGCUGCUGCUGCUGCUGCUACAGGUCGGCUGGAGGUUCCCUGUAUGAUGCCAUGCAACACUCCUUUAUAUAGAAGCAUGUGGAGACUCUCUUCUCUCUUAUAUCGGCAUGCACAAGACGUUACCUCAUUUUUAUUUUUACAUUUUUCUUCUUCUUCUUCUUUGACCUUCAUCUUCUCCUCCUGGAUUUUUUCUCUCAUUUGUUUUCACCAAAAGUGCACUGGCUAUUUAUUAUUAUUGUUUAAGUUAUUUCAAAGCAUUUAAGUGUUGAAUGUUAAAGCAUUAAGGGAACAGGAACACUUCUUUUUCGAAGAUCAUGGCAUGUCAAAAAUACUAAAGCAUUAUGGCCUAAUUAGCUAUGGUAUAGCUACGUAUACUCAAUGCAUGAUGUCAGUAUUAAAUUGCUUGCAGUUGUGGAGGGACCUCGGGAGCUGGAGGAUGAUGAUGAUGAUGAUCUUCCUCAUUAUUGUCAAGCUAACAACAGGAUUCGGUGCAUGACGGAACUAACUGCCAGAAGGGACAAAUCUGCUAGAAAAAAAAAAACAAGAAAAAACAAGACAAAAAAAAACAGAAGAGACGUAUCGAUGAUCUCUUUUCAAAAAAAUGACAUUCAGAAAUUACAUCCUCUGUCAUUUAUCUAAAGCUUUGAUCUUUGACGACGGAGUGCAUGGCAUCAUUUUAUGUGAUUUGUGACCCCAUUUCUUUUUUUGGUUUUUGCAUUUGACUUUUAAAAACAGUUUCAAGAAGGAAAGCAGUAAAUAUUUAACAAAUUUCAUAGAUAUCUAAAAUUAGUUUCUAGUGCCUUGAACCCCGUCUCAUUAUAGAAUUGACUAAAGUGCCUCCCGUUACAACAGACGACAAAGAGCUUACUAUGUGCAGCUUAACUUCUCCUGCCAUAAAGAUGCACUACUCCCUGCACAUCUGGAAAAGAAGAGGGUUACUAAUACGUGUAGAUACAGAUGUGAGUAUAUUCUUUAUUCUAGGGCCAGAUACAUUGAGCCUAAAUAAACUCAGUUUUCCUGGAUGAUGACACAUGGCUGUGCACAUUUAGCAUGACGUAUAAGUUCAGUAUGGAUGUUUGCGCUACAUGUGCAGCUAGAUGAAUUUGAUCCUUCAAUUUCUGUAUUUUUCAGACUGGGUGUCACUAAAUGCAACUUUAGCAGCUUUAACAAAACAAUGUCCAUAACUGCAAACACAGAGAGCCUCGGAGAGGUUUUUAAAAUCAACUUCACAUUUACAUAAAUCAUUUCAGAUGAUUUUCUCAGAGACCAGCAGAACAUAAACACAAAUGAAUUGCUGGAUAAGCUACUGUAGCUAAUUAACUAUUGACUAAUUGACCAGUUGAUCUAGCUGUUUGUUUAGCCAAUUCACUAACUGCCUAUUCGAGUGAAUCCCAAUGAAAGUAAACAGAAAUGAGUUGCUUGAUUUAGCUACUUUAGCUAACCGCAUAGGGGUUUAUCAUAGGUCUGUUCAUUGGUUAAUUAAGCUAGCUGUUUGGUUAGCCAACAAGGUGCUGUGUACUGGGGGCUGACUUUUAGCUGAUUUUGGGGAGGUAAGAAUUGUCUCAAUUUUGCCCCCCUUUUUUUUUCCUUUCCUCGUCCAUCUGGUUUAAACUUUAAUCUGUUUACUCUGGUUUGUAUAAACACGGUUCAGAUUAACUACAGUAGCUAAUUUACUUAAUUCGGAGACAAGCAUUUGAAAUGAUUCAUGAAAGUUUAUUUGGAAAGCUUUAGGAGGUCUGUUGCUGUUUGGCCUGAUGUGUUGUUUUGAUGAGGUUGGAUUUCCUGACUUUCUGCAACAGGAGUGGUGACCGCAAAGUUAGCAGUUAGCAUGAACAUAAAAAGAUUAGCGGUUGAAAAGAGAGAUACAUCUCUAGAUUUGACUGUCAUGAAUAUCUGCAGGGCUCAUUGUUUUCAGUUUUAUACAAAAAUACAGAUGAAAUUGUUCCAUAAAUAUACAUGAAAUCAUGACGAGUGGUCUUACACAUGUUUCUGAGAAAGGUGACAAAAGGUCUGUCUGGAAAUAUUCAAAAUUUUUCUUAUUGUCAGCACAGACCCAAACCGACACUGUUCACCUCUCAGUCCUUUCUCUGUCUGUGGAUCUCAGGUCCAUGCUCAUUGGAUCCUUCUGAAGGAAAUAAUGCAUUUGUUGUGGACUAUUUUCAGCGGCAGAUUAAUCCACAUUUAGUGCUGUAGUGUAUUUUUGGACUGAGUCAAAAUAAACUACAGUGUAUUCAUGGCUCAGAGGAAUCGGAUGUAUUAGGGUCUGAUACACACAGGACUGGGCGCUCGCAGAGAUUUGCUGUUGGUUGUUUGGCUCUGCGUGAGAUUUGAUGACAAGAAGAAAAGUAUUGAAUUUCACCAGAUUUAUAUUUUAAUUUUACUGUUUAAAAAAAUAUGGCAGGUUGCUUUUUCUCUCCACUUUCUAUCAGCUGCCACUGCCAGAGGCGUCUGAGAGCCGAGCUGAAAACAGCGUCCAAAACACUGCCACUCUCUGACGACUGGGACCAAAAUCUCCUCUGCUGAGAAUUAGAUCUGCUCCUUUUAAAAAUAAAUCUGGACACGUGGACGUGAAACUGAGAAAAAUGAGCCUUACAUGUUCACAGCUUUGCUUCUGACACUUUCUGUGCUCGUGUCUUUCUCGCUUUUCAGUUCUGAACCAUCCAGCCUGCUGUAGCUUCAUCAGGCUGCUUCUCUGUGUUUCCCAUGUUUGAUGGAGGCUUAUAUCGUCCAACACAUCCUCAGUGUUAGAGUCAGUUAAGAAACUAGGUAGAAAAUAACAGUUUUUAAUGUCGUGGUUGCUGCUGUGCAGAGUUGUGAUGGACGUGACCACAGUGCAGGCAGUGAGUGCUUCCUCUGCAGAGCUGCAUUCAUCUCAACAUUACCACAGGCAUUAGUCACUCUGCAUGCCAGCAAAAUGGCGCUGCUGCUGCUGCUGCCUUGUUUUGAGGAGGGAGCACAUGGCUGUGUGAGGGCGGCGAUGUCUUUCCUGUUGUGGUUUUUGUGCAGGACAGGGUGUUAAAAAGACGAUGUGAGGACUGAUCGAUGACCCCGAGGCGUGAGUGUUGACUCAGUCCGACCUCGCCAAGAAAAUCUGGACAAAACGUGACUUUUACUGGCUUAAAAAUUUCCCUCUAAGGUUUCCACUCACAAUUUCUGGUGUGUCUGUGAUCACAAAGACAUGAACUGACUUUAAAGUGUUCAUAUUUUCACAGAGCCUCCAUGAAUUAAACUUUCACAGAGCAGUUAAACACCCUGAGCAGCAGCGCCUCGUCUGAGUCAGUCGCUCCUGUUACAUAAGAGUCUGCAGGUGUUUUUUAUUCCAUCACUUACUGAACUCAUAAGUUCAGGAGUCUGCAGACUUUCAGGUCUGUUUUAAACUUAUACUUCAUCUCCUCCUAUACCGACCUGAACCCCCCCCCACGUCCACCCACACAGGUGUUUUCACUUGUUUUGGCUGAUUAGACCUUUUCUCUCAGGACUGUGUGGGCGGGUACAAACUGUACCUGUGUCUCAGUUCAGGGAUUGCACAAGACCCCGUGUUGUUAGUGCAAGAAUAUCGUUUAUGCACAAAAGUUACAUUUGAGUGCACAAAUUAUUAUCUAAUGUGCACAAAGAUCUGGUUCUAACAGGAAACUGAUGAAAGAUAAUUGUCUUAUUGGUGCAAUAUUAUAAUUCAUGUGCUCGAGAAUAUUUAUUUUGUGUGAACAAAAUCAUAAGGUCGACUUUAACAAUGCUCGGGACUCAGUAAACAGUUUCACCGUAACAUCAGAUUUAAAUCACCUCUUUCUUUGGGUUGUGUUAGCAGUGCAGCGGCCCUGUGUCAUCACCCUGUUAGCUUAAACUGCUGUCGAGCGCCUGAAGAAAAAAGAAUCCCUUUAAUUAACAUUUCAGUCUGAUGGAAAAUAAAAAAAAGAAACGCUACGAAAGGUGCUACGUGUUACAGAAACAGUAGGUCUUAGGGAGCAAAAUUACAAAUCACAACUUUUUGAAGGAUAAAAUCACAUAGAAAAAGAGAAGAUCUAUAUUUUCUUGACGACUAUUUGAAAUUAGUGAUUAAAAACAACAUCAGGGUAGUUGGUAUCUUGUGGUAUUUAUUUCUGUUUGUGUUUACCGUCGGCCACUGAAGGGACCAAAUGAAGUUUUAUAUUUGUUUCAUAUCAUCAGAGCAGCUGAACAGACAGAUGAUAUUUAAAAAAUAUACAUUUUGUAGAUUAAGGGUCAAAUGUUUAGAAAAAUUUUACAGUUUUAUCUUUGGACAUUUUUGUUUGAUAUGCAGUUUAAAAAUUAAAAAAAUUAAAAGUCCAGGUUUUAUAGCUAUAGUGAAUAUGAUUUAGUUUACAAGCAUCCAACUGCCAUGUCUAAAAGGAUCAAUGAAUUAAUUUACAGAUGAUCACAUGAUUUAUCUCCAACCAGCUGCAUAUCAACCAUUUGUGUUACAUGUAUGUGUUUAUAUAACAGGCUAUUUGGAAAAAUACUUCGCUUCAAUUAUUUCUAUUAUUAUUCAUUGACUGCCGACAUCGAUGCAGAGUUUCUCAACCGUGAGAUUUUAGCAUUUGUUUAUAAAUAUUUACUUGAUAUAUUGUUAAUUAAAGCUGCAUUAAUUGUGUUUAGACACUGAAUUCAAAUUCAGAUAGCUUUACUGGCAUGAACAAAAACAUGUCAAAGCAGAUUACAGAAUAUUAAAAUACAUGAAUUAUUAAAUAUGUCAUAUACUGAUGCAUCAAUACGUAACAUAUGUACAACUAUAUAAUAUACAAGUUAUUAUACAACAUAUAUAAUAUAUUCAACUGCUGACAUCACCCUUUUAAAGUCGUUAUGGUCAACAUCUUAGCAAACAGCUAAUUUGCAAAACUAGAUUUAGAAGCAAAAGGCUAAAAACUGUAGAAUUGGAUGAUGACCCCCAAAGUAAUUUGAUCAAUUCUUAAUGAAAAACAUUGAUUAGUGCAGCUUUAAACAAGAAACUGAUUUGUUUGAAUGAUAAUGAUUUGGAGCUGCUCCCAUUCAUUUAAAAUCAGAUUACUUAAGUAUAAAUUCUAUAAAUUUCUCUCUGAGGGAAUCAAUCUUCUGAUUUGUUGAUCAAAACAAAACUAAUCCAUACGAAUUUUGAAAAAGUCAGUAAUUUAGUAAAUUCCCCUGAAAUUAGCCACUAAAAGGUGAAUACUUCCUGUUUUCUUUGUUCCAUGUCUUUGUAAAUAUAAAUAAAUUUGGGGUUUUCUUACUGUUGCUCUGUCAGAAGAAGCAGUUUGUGUGAUACGAUCAAUCCUCUGAACAGGAAGUGGACCUUGGGUUAAGAUUUAUUUUUUUGAUCAACUACAUCGUCCGAGGUCAAGAAUGAACUUUCACACUCAGUUAUUCAUUUCUAGUUAAAAAAUUAUUUCAAAUAUUAUACAUUUCAAUAAAUUUAAAUUUUUCAUAAUUGACUGUCCUAUAAAAUAUACUUACUUAUAAUUACACAAUUAAAAAUGAUAAUAAUAAUGAAGCAUUUUUAAGUAACACUAUUUACAAUGAGGCCAAACAACAUAAAAACUACUAUUAUUAUUAUUAUUUUUUUUUUUUUUACUGCAUAAGCCUUUAAAAAACCAAAGAAAUUGAAUUGAGAAAGAUCCACUGAGCUAAAAUAAAGAGAGAAACUCUGCAUCUUGGUUCACGAGUGUUCAUAGGGAAUGUCUGUGAUUUUAAAGCCAUGACUUUAGUGGUGGUGAAUUCUGUCGACACUUCUGCUGAGAAAGUGCAUGAAUGACUGAAGACUGAACUGCAUGAUCAUAACAUUAAAUUAAUGCUGGUCAUAUACUGUAUUUUUGCUAAUAGGGACAUUACCAUUAUCAUAAGUAUUACUAUAUUGUUUCUUGAGAAAAACCAUUUCUAAAUGAUGUAUUUUCAGCUGGAGGAUUGGUCAGUUCGGGACUAAUUGGGUUCAGUUUGUCCUUUAGCAGUAGUUCGUCUGUUCCCUCUCGUCCUAACUUACAGUCAGAAGCCAAAGUCUCGUCCCGACCACGACGACUGAAAGUCCCGGUGCUGGAAACAAACUGAAAAAAAAAAGAAAAAAGUCCUCUGCACUGGGCUGUUGAGAUCCUCCCUGAACCCUGGAGUCGUUCACAUCGCAGUACGUCCGUUCUUUUUUUAACUCGUUUUUUCUUAUGGGUUCUCGCUGCAGUAUGCAAUGUUUGUCAUUUGUUGGUGAGGCAUAGUCUGUAACCUAUGCAAGGUUAGUCGACAAUUUAUGUCCAUUCUGACUUCAUCAUAUUACAACAGUUUCAAUAAAUUUUGAAAGAUA